AUGACUACGGUAAUGAGCGUGUUGUUACCACUAUACGUAUUUUGCACUUUCCUCUAUUGUACAAUUGAAACAGAUUCGAAAAAUGAAGAGAGUAACUUUCAAGAUGAGAGCGUGAAGCAGAACAAUAUUCAACUGGGUGGCAGCAGAGGGUCAACAGCAGCUCGAUUUCGGAUACCGAAAAAAUUCGAUGUGAAAGGCACAAAGUUGGACUCACUGAAAGCGAUGCUAGACGAACGUGCCAGAUGGUUGGAAAUUAAUAAG